AUGGGUGCUCAGAUCUGCGAGCCGGAUCCUUUCAGGGCCCAGACAUUUGGCAUCUACGCAAACAACAAAGGUAACAUCUCGGCGGUCCAGGCCCUGGUCCGGGACUGGAGCACUGGCAUCUGCCUCUCAGAUUACGACCAAGAGGAGGUUCUGGAGGGCAAGACCGUCGGCAUCUUAUCUGCCAUCAAUAACAGCAAUGGCGAGCGCAAGAGGGAGGAGCUCCAUGCCCGAGCCACAUGCAGUUACGCCCAAGCAGGCCCCGGCGAUGGCUGCUGGGCAAUUGCGCAAAAGUGCAAAAUCUCUCAGGCCGACCUCAUCAGUUACAACGGGGGCAAGUCGGACUUCUGCAGCACCCUCAUAUCAGGCCAGUACGUGUCUUGCGGGGCGGGCACCCUGCCCGAUUUCUCGCCGCAGCCCAACCCGGACGGGUCAUGCAAGACUUACACCAUCAAGGCCGAUGACACGUGCGCCACCAUCGCCGCGGCACACCAGAUUUCCAACUAUACCAAGCUCGAGGAGGUCAACCAAAAGACCUGGGGUUUUGCCGGUUGCCGCUACAUCCAGCCCAGCCAGUACAUCUGCCUCAGCAGCGGCGAUCCGUCCAUGCCCGCCCCCUACCCGGACGCCGUCUGCGGGCCCCAGGUGCCCAGAACAGUGAGGCCGACCAACGGGACCGAGCUCGCCGACCUGAACCCGUGUCCGCUCAACGUAUGCUGCAACAUCUGGGACAACUGCGGGCUCAGGGAGGACUUUUGCAUCUAUGCCCCGGCCGACACGGGGGCGCCGAGAACGUCCACGCCAGGGAUCCACGGGUGCGUCUCAAAGUGCGGCAUGGACAUUGUCCAUUCGCUCAACGGGCCUCAGGAGUUCCGUGUCGUGGGCUAA